GCGGCGAAAGUAGUUGCGUUAACAGCCGUACAGAGAGAGAGAGGAGGGGGGGCUGCUUUUUUUCUUCUUCUCUCCAUUUUUCUUCUUCUCUCCUUUUUUUCCCCCCAUAGUGGUCGGGACGGGUUUAACCGUUGUCCGUCGCAACUCGGACGGAGGGAGGGGGAGGCGCUGCUACUUUUUGACGGGACGGAGCCGCGAAGCGCCGAGGGAAGGGGUGUCGACCCCGUUCCAACUUGGCCGGGAAGACGGUCCUCCGCUGGGCCGAGAGCUGGGGCGGCGGAGAGGGAUCGCCGGGCAGCCGGAGAAGAGAGAAGAGAAGAGAGUCGCGGCCGAGAAGCGGUGCCAAAGUUUCCCCUCGAGUUGUCUAGACCUUGAGGGGGAGGAGAGGGGGAGGAGGGAGAAGAAACGCUUAAUAAAGAAACUUGACUUCGGUUUCCACGAGUGACUUGUGGAACUCAUUACCACGUCCCGGCGGACGCUAGCUUAGCCGGCGCGCUAAGGACGCCUCCUCUGCCCGCACAGCAUGAAAACACCUGGAGAGACUGGGUUCGCCUUCCCGGACUGGGCCUACAAGCCGGAGUCCAGUCCAGGCUCCAGACAGAUCCAGCUGUGGCAUUUUAUCCUGGAGCUGCUGAGGAAGGAAGAGUACCACGAUGUCAUCGCCUGGCAGGGAGACUAUGGGGAGUUUGUCAUCAAGGAUCCGGAUGAGGUGGCUCGGCUGUGGGGAGCCAGGAAGUGUAAACCCCAGAUGAACUACGACAAGCUGAGUAGGGCACUGAGGUACUACUACAACAAGAGGAUCCUCCAUAAGACCAAAGGCAAGAGGUUCACCUACAAGUUCAACUUCAACAAGCUGGUGCUGGUCAACUACCCCUUCAUCGACAUGGGCUCCGCCGGCAGCAGUGUGCCCCAGAGUGCCCCCCCUGUCCCCACCAGCGCUGGGACCCACUUCCGCUUCCCCCCCUCCACACCCUCCGAAGUGCUGUCCCCCAACGAGGACCUGCGCAGCCCGGGUGGCGUGUUCAGCGCUGUGGCCCGACGGAUGGCACGUGGCUCGGUCAGCGACUGCAGCGACGGCACGUCCGUCAACUCUGAGAUCGAGGACGGCAACGGAGGAGCAGGAGAAGAGAGAGGGGGUGAAAGAGGGGUGAGCGGAGGAGGUGGAGGCAGCAGCGGUGGAGGAGGAGGAGCCUAUCGGGGCAUCAUCCACCCCCGCCUGUCCCAUGAGUCCCUAUUCCGCAUAUAUGGAGGAGCAGGGAACCCUGGCGGGCAUCCAGGCUCCCGCGGCCCUACGGGGCACAGGGUCCACCCAGAGCCCCUGUCCCCUUUCCCCGUGUCCCCUCUCCCCGGGCCAGGAGGAGCCGGCCUCCUCGCCCCUCCCCUGUCUCCAGCCCUGUCCAUGACCCCCUCCUCCCACCUCCCCUACACCCCUUCCCCCACCCUGUCCCCCAUGCUGGGCUCACACUUCUCCUUCAACCCGGAAGACAUGAAGCGCUACCUGCAGGCCCACACCCAGUCGGUGUACAACUACCACCUCAGCCCCCGGGCCUUCCUCCAUUACCCGAACAUCGUCAUCCCUCAGCCCCACCGGCUGGCCGCGGACAAAGGCGGUCUGGGCGGAGAGAGAGGGGCGGCUGAGAGGGGAGAGAGAGCAGCGGCAGCUGGAGGGGAGCGAGGGGGAGGAGAGCGGGGGGGUGGAGGAGGAGAGAGGCACCACCACCUGUCUUUGGCGCACUCCGCCCACCACCACCCACCCCACUCUGCCCAUCCCCAUCCUCACCCCCACUCCCACCCUAUCCACCACCCACUCCACCUGGGAGAGGAGCCUCCACACCUGUCACCCUUCAAGUUCAAAUUGCAGCCGCCGCCGCUGGGGCGGAAGCAGCGGGAGGGCCAGAGCAACCCCAGGCAGAGCUCCCUGUCCUCCGGCUCGGGCUCAGGGUCCUUGUCCUCCACGUCUGGGCUGGGCUCUUCGCUGUCGUUUGGCAGUGACCUGAGUUCAGCCAGCGGCUCGGGGCUUGUCUCCAAUUCCUCCUCCACACAGUCCCUCAACAGUGCUGGCCUGCCCAAGAUCAAGGUGGAGCCUAUCUCUGACAUAGAGUCGGAAGAAGAGGUGGAGGUGACGGACAUCAGUGAUGAGGACCCAGAUGAGCGAGAUGAGGAGUUUGAGCUCUUUUCCCCGCGACACGCCAGAGCCCCGGUCCACCCCCAUCCCCAUCCCCAUCCAGACGAGGACCUGGACGAGGAGGUCUUCAAAGCGCCCGCCCCGCCCGGCCUGACACCCUUCUUUACCUCGCCACACAUGCACCCCCACGCGCACCGCGGGCAGCCGCUGUUGCCCCUGCCCACCCUCAAGAGCGAGCCGAGCGAUGUGGGGGAUGGCGGCACCCCGCCUCCUCAGACGGGCCCGGUGGGAGCCCCCCAGACCAAGUGCAUCCCGCUGAAACUGCGUUUCAAGAGGCGCUGGAGUGAGGACCAGCGCAUGGAGGCAUCGCAGGAGGAGUCGGAUGACAAGAAGGUGCGGGCAGAGGAGAGGGAGAGGCAGAGGAACGGGCGGAUGGAGACGGAGGAGAACGGAACGGGCAGUGGAGAGGGGGACAGCCCGCCCCCACUGGGGUAUGAGGGCUCUUUACCCCCGCCACUGACCUCACACAGGAGGGUGAGUGCCGAACUGCACCGUGCCACGGCACAGUUGUCUCUGGAGCACAAGGACUGCUAACCAGACCCGCACACAUUCACACACAUUCACAUAUAGUUUCACACACACACACACACACACACACACAGCCCAAACACUAAUGUUCCAGCACAGGUGGAGGUGGUACAGGUGAAAGUAGGUGGAUUCUCUGGAGUCACGCUGUCACGCUGACGGCUCUGUAGAAGUUAGCGAGAGUUCAUGAACCUCUAAACAACUGAGAGCAGGGCCCAACACACACACACACACAUAUACACAUACACACACAUAUACACAUACAUACACACACCCCACCCAUAUAGCUGUUUGGAUCAGAAUCCUCCGGGGUUCACUCAGACCUGGAAGAGGGGUUGAAUUGAAGCAGGGAAGCCCUCCCUCCCCUUCCGUCUCCUCACCUCGCACCUGACCAGCGCAUCUCAGAUUCGAGCCCAGCCCCAGCAGUACAUCUCCUGGCUUCAGGCCAUCCAUCCAUCCUGUCGCUCUCCUUCGGGAGCCUGCCGCCCUCCCACAGAGCCAGCGUCACAGCCCGGCGUCUGGGGAGGACCCGCCCACUGGCUGGUUAUCACUGUGGAGACGGCCAGUGCUUCGAUAAGUGCCUGUAUCCUAAACACACAGCCUUGGAGUGAUGCGGACGAGAAGGAACUGUCACUCACCGGGUCCAGUUGGACAGCUGGACACAAAACGAGACAUUGAGGACAAAAAGCGUUUGUGACUCUCGAGACACAAGGAAGGGAGAGGGGGCUUACGGGUGGUGUUGACUAACAAUUCCCCACGAAACUGGCCCGCUCCACUCAGGGAAGCUGAUCGCUGUAUGAUUUUUGGAUUGACGCAAGCCUACAGACACACACACACACACACACACACACACACACACACACACACACACACACACACACACACACAGAAGACCCAGCCAAGGGAGUGAUUGGAAUUUGGGGACUCACUGUUGAGGCUUAGCUCAUGGACAAGGCUACUCAAGGAACACAAACAGACAUUCGCACUCAAACACAGACAAAUAUAAGCACACACACACACACACACACAUUUGUGCACUGUUUCGUUCUCUGGCCCACUGUUCUCUUAGAGAUGUUUUGACUUCUGUCUGUCUGUCUUCAGUGUUCCCUCUCCCUCCCUCUUUGCCUCGUGGAGCACCCAUGGACAGACUGUGAUUCCACCCCAAAUGGUUUGACACCCCCCCCCCCCCAGGAGGAAGCACAACAUUAACUCAGAAGGAGAGGAGGAACAGGACCAAGGGGAGGCGAGUCGAAUCGAGUCAGUUUUAUUUGUGUAGCCCAUUAUCGCAAAUUAAAAAUUUGCUUCGGUGGGCUUCACACUAAGAAAGGAGUUAAGGAGUAGCUGCGGUUUCUCCAGCUGGAGAGCCGCUAAAGGGGACCACGACGGGAGGGGCCAGUGGCGGCGAAAGGCGCUAGAGGGUCAAAGGUUUGGGGUCUAGAAUUUGAUGCCCUGCUAGCCUAGCCUGUUAGCCUAGCCUGUUAGCCUAGCGGAGCCUGCACAUUGACCAUGGGUGCCCACAAGUCCUUGUGGUGUAAGAGCCUAGUUCACCAGCUCCAACUCGUCUAACAACCAUAGUCCUGAUAGUGUUAACUAAACCAGCAAAUGUUCGUAUACAAACACACACUCACACACAUACACACACACUCAUGCAUUGCACUGCCUUUAGCUCCUUAACUUGCUCCCUCUCUCUCUCUGGACAGUAAACUCUCCCCAACGUGACCUCAGCCUCAGAAAGUGGAUCUGAGCAUUGUGGGAUUUGUAGUUCCCGGGGGUUGCAGACCCGCGGCGAACCCCCAGGAGCCGGAGAGAGCGGGGACAUCCUAGACCUCACACACACUGCCUCUCUAUGCCUUGUUUUUAUAGCAUGUACAAACUGAGCUCUAAUACACACACGUACAAACUAUAUCUUUAUAUAUUAUAUAAGAAAUUAUUAAAAAAAAAAAGAAAAACAGUGAGAUUUUAACGAACCAUAGCAUUUUAAUGAGGUGACUGAUUCAGGAUUCAUUUUUGUAAGCUGAUUAUUUUGAGCGGUCAGAAGCGAAUCAGAUGUAAAUUACUUUGCUUUUUGUCUCUUUGCCGGUAAAAA